AUGGUCCCAUACGACGAACCAAUCUAUGGCUUCUCUAGCGAACAAGUUUCGACCCGCGGCUACAUCGACCUUCACACCGUGUUUCGUGAUGGAACACAAACCAAAACCAUCCCCAUCCGCAUCCUUAUCAUCGACGCACCCACAUCCUACAAUGUCCUCCUAGGCCAUCCUUUGCUCAACACCCUCGGCGAGGAUCUAGACCCCAGAGUUGGCCAGGACGUCCGUCUCGAAGCUGUUGAGGAGACCUCCCCCCUCGAGCUCCCCAAUGGCCACUCCAUCAACUUAGGCACCAAUUUGAAUUCUGACGAGCGUGCCAUCAUCACACCUAUCCUUGUCAGCAACACCAACAUUUUUGCCUGGUCAGCCGCUGACUUACCUGGGGUAGACCCUCUAGUAGCAUCUCACAAGCUAUCCAUCUACAAAGAAGCCCGCUACAUCUCCCAGAAAAAAUACAAACUUGGCGAAGAACGCCGCCUAGCAGCUAAGGACUACACGGAUCUCAACAAGGCCUAUCCUCGCGAUGCCUACCGCUUAGCCAAUAUCGACCGACUUGUUGACGGCGCGACAGGGAAUAAAGUGCUUAGUUUCUUGGACGCAUACUUUGGGUACAACCAAAUCCCCAUGGCCGCAUCUGACAUGAAUAAGACCGCUUUCAUCACGGACAACGCCAACUACUUUUACAGAGUUAUGCCCUUUCGUCUUAAGAACGCUAGAGCGACCUACCAAUGA